GCGCGCCUUCACAAGUGACUCAAGAUCAGAUUUUCAGCGAACAACUUAAAUUCUGCACUCAACUUCACACAGAAUUAUUGUACUUUCUGCGUAAAGAAAGUUUAAAGAGUCAGUAAAGCACAGAUGGGUGAGAAACAGGUGAUUGAUCCUCCAGAUGUGAAUAAAGAGCAGCUGGUCUCUCGAUCUUCAGCAGCUCUCAGUUCUCCUCAAACCAGCAACAGAUCCUGGAUUAUAUCAAGUGUUUACUGGAUUUAUAUCAUGAUUCUGUUCACAUGUGGAGAUGAUCUGGAGGAUCUGGAUGAAGCACACGUGAAAAAAAUUCACUGUUUCAGUAAAAGUUUCAAGUACUGCAGAAGAUUGAAGGAAACACAAUGGGAAAUGGAGUGGAUUUUAUCAUGAACACAUGAAAAGGAGGGACAGCAGAGACACGCUUGCCGAUUCAUGGACUCUACUGGCUGGCAUCCACAUCACCGGGCGGGAGCGUGUAUCUUGGCUAUAUAUUGUGCAGGUUUCUUUCAGGAGGAUGAUCAUCUGCUCUCAGCGAUCCACUGGACCAAAGAUCUGCUUACAGCAGUGGAUCAUGGACAUCAUCAACAUGACGUGUGGAGAGAUUCAGUCCUCAGUGGGGUUUGUGUUCGUGAUUCUGCCUGUGAUUCUGAAUCAAACACUCAAUGAUCCUGACUGUGAGCAGAGCUGGUAUACUGAGGAUAAGCGUCUGAUCGCAGAUCCGUCAGAUCCACACAAACUGAUGUAUCCAGUGACGUCUGUAUCAUCUGAUCGUCUCGUCACUUCUGACUGUGUGAAUCUGAUUCAUGAGAUCAUCUGUGAUUCUGCUGAUGGACAUCAUUACAGUCAUGAGACCGUGUUCAGAGUGAGGAAUGAGACCGACAGCAGCGGACCGACACCAACUCCAGGAUCACAUCGGCUGUUGUGGCUUUGUGCUCUUUUAAUCGUCACUCUUUUUGCCAUCAUCUUGAUCUUAUUCAUGCUGCAGAAAAGGAAACCCAGAUGUUUCAGAUGUUUCUGUCAGCGUGAGGAUGAUCCAGAAAACAUGAAUCCUGAAUCUGCUGUCCAAAUGAUCUGAAGAUCCUCAUCGACUGACGUUCAGCAGCUUCAUAUCCAGAGCUUCAUCACAUCAACCACUGAACGAAGCUGCUGUUCAUGUAUGUAUUUAUACAAAGACACAUCAGUUAAACAGUUUCAGGUGAUAAUUCCCAGUGUAACGGUGUGUUAGAGCUGUGCGUGUAAACCUCACUCCCCUGAUCUCCAGAUAAAGGCCAUGAUGACCAUUUCAGCCACUGCAAGAGAAGUUGUUCAUCAUUUUCAUUGCCAUUAAAGUGAAAUAACUGAACAUAAACAUACAAGCUUGAUAAAAAAAUGGUCAUUUUAGAAGAAAAUUUAAGACGGCACUUUGAGGUAUAUAUACUUAUAUGACUCUCUUUAAUUUUCAAGUUAAAUAAACAUUUACAAUUACAAUUAUCAACCUCUAGAUGGCAACUGUGGCUCUACUGAGACAUGACUACUGAUGCCAGACUUGAAAGGUAGCUCUUGAUCACUGUUGCCGAUCUCGCGAUAAACUGUUGGAGAGCAAGCAACAACAAAUGUUAAAGCAAAGUGUUUCCUUGUGCCCUAAAACUCUCUAAUUAUCUAAAUACAAGGGGGUAAACAUGAAACCUGUGCACUCUAUUAUUAUUUGUUACGAAAGCCUCAUAUAUCUUUUAAUCUUUUGAUCAUUAUGAUAUGAAAAUAUAAGUUUUUGAUUUGGCAAGGCAAGUUUAUUUUAUGUCUGUAAUUCUGUUUUUUGACCACUGGGUGGAGUGUUGGCCUUAAUGAGUAUAUAGGCAGGCAAAGAGUAAGAGAGGGCAGGUGUGUAAUUAGAGGGAAGCACAACAUUUUUUGACCGUGUCUGGAGGUAAAUUUGUGAUGGCAUCCGAUGGUAUUUUAUAUGCUCUGGGCAGAGGAACUGUGAGAAAAAAUGACCUGUAUGAACUGUGUGAUGAAUAAAUCUGAUAAAGCAGUAUUUGGAGGACGAUUUAUCUUGUUUGGAUCUCACGCGUCAGAAACCACCCUACAACACCUCAAGUGACAAAAUGGCUAUUUGUGUCACUACAUUUUGUAGGCUAUAGCACAUUUCAACAACAAUUUUCAAGGUAAUUCAAAGUGCUUUACAUAAAACAUGGAAUUUAUGGAACUGAAAAUUAAUCAGGUUGUUUCAUAAACCAAAAAACAUUGUUAACCUUUAUUUACCUUUUUUGUCAUUGUUUUAUAUUUUUAUUAUGUUAAGUUGUAAAA